UACUUUGGAUUUUUUAAAAAGUAAACUCAGUUUAUGGAAAAACUGUGAUUUUUUAAAGAAAAAAUCGAGAUCUUCUGAUACCCGACCUUCAAGCCGAUAUGACGGAUUCCCUUUGGCCUUCCAAACUUGGUUUUUCGAGUGUUGCCCUGCUCUCGAAGGUGGAAUAGCUUCUUGUUGUGGAACUGAAAUUCCUCGCAUUUUGCGUUGGAAGGUUACAACUCUUCAGAGUUGGUCUUAUUUGUGUCGAAACCUCUUUGAUCAAUCUGCUGAACAGUUAAAAUUAUGCAAUAUUACACCAACCGAUGAGGAGAGGACGUUGUUGAACUUAUAGGGGCUGUUUUUAAAAGGAAAGCGUAAAGUCGAAAUGGAGCUAGAGGAUAGUGAAGGAGUUAAUUUUAAAACCAAAAUUAAUAAAUUGGUUUUGAAUCAGUCGAAGAUGUUCAAUGAGUUUGCUGCUAUCAAGACAUUCAUAGAGACUGAAUUCUCUGAUGUCAAGAAUCAAUUGGUUGAAUUGAAAAGUCUAAUCACUGCGGCUGCUCGUCGAGAUACUGUCGAGGUGGAUGCUCGUGUUCUUGUUUCUUCUUCAGAAGAAACUGUUAGUGAACAUUCGAUGAGAGUGAAUCAAGAAAGCAUUGAUAACAAGGGUGAUGAGAAUGAGCAGAAUAAGAAAGUGGAAAGUGAUGCGAACGAUCCUACUGACAUACCGAAAAGCGAUGACGUCGGUGAUUCUAAGGAUCAUAUGAAUGACCAUACUGAUGACAGCGAUGAUAACACGGCAGUGAGGAUACGGUUGAUCCGAAUGAGACUCGCGAUAGAGAGGAAAGUGAUGAUAGCGAAAAUAGUGAUGAUGACAUGACAGAUGAUAAAAGUGAAAGAGAUGACAGAGCAGGUGAUAUAAAAAAGGAUGAUGAGAGAAGGGAUGGCUCAAACUAUGGGAAUGCAGUUGACGAGAGGUUCAAUUAUGCGUACAAAGAUCGUGAGGAUGGUGAAAGUUCUGAAAAGAAAGUUGAUGAGGGUAAUGAUGUAUCAAAAGAGAAUGAAAAAGUUAGACAACGUAGCAAAAAGGUUGAUGCUGUUGAUUCUUUUUUUGAAAAGAAAGUUGAUGAGGGGAUUAAUGUGAUGCAAAAGGGUGAAAAUGAUAUCAAAGAUAGCGGAAAGGUUGAUUUAGUUGAUAGUCAUCCUACUCUCAAUACUUUUGAAGCAAGUACACAAGAGACUUCUAGUACAUUUGACUCAGUUGAAAUACGUGUUAUCGAUAAAGCUGAAAGAGACGCUAUCAAUAAAGCUCAAAUAGACGCUGUUGAUAAAGCUGAAAGAGACACUGGUCUUCUUGGCAAGGUAAUUUGUUUAUUACUUUUAUUCUGAUUUAAAGUAAGUUUUUUGACAAUUUACUAACAGUGUACCAAUAGUUUACCAAUAUACAUUUUAUUUGUUUUUUGACUGUUAUUAAUAUAUAGUUUUUAUUUAGAAGGUUUAUGAAGUUGAUGAGGGAUUAGAGGAUGAAUCUAUAUUUGAUGAAGCUUGUCUCAAUGAUCUUGCUUAUGUUUGUGAUCGUAUUGAAAAACAAGCUGCUGAUCGUAUUGAACAACAAGCUGCUGAUCAAGUUGCAAAAGAAGCUUCCGCUGGUCAAGUUGCAAAAGAAGCUUCCGCUGGUCAAGUUGCAAAAGAAGCUUCUGAGUUGCAGAAGGCGUCUUUGAAAGAAAUUACUGUGUAUCGAGGCAGUCCAUCGGAGCAAAUUUCAAAGAUUGCCUCUGAGUUCAAAAUUCCUUAUGCAAAGCCACUAGCAUUUAUCAAGGCUAAAGAGAACGUAAAAUGUGUGAAGAAACUGAAUCCUCUUGACGACAAUGUUGAUGGAGAUAUCCAAUGUGCAGAACUACAAGAUUUUGUUGAUUGGAUUCAGUGUGGCCUAAGGCCUAAUCUUAAG